AUGGCUCCGCACUGUCACCUACAGAACCACAUAACGUCAUCGAGACGGUCCCGAUAUCUCCCAGUGUCACUCAGACAACAAAAUGCCCCAAUCCGGCAGAGCUGGAUAAAGGCAACUUCUAGCGAUCUAACCGGUAGAGCGGAAUUGUCUCUUGUGUUCUCAUGGACUUUCGAAGAAGAAAUGCUGUGGAGAGCACCUUAA